AUGGACCCGGACUGUGCCAUAUGCCAUGCUCCGGCCACCUUGGCUUGCGAAUGCGAAGCCAAAGGCCUUGAGGUGGCUGUCAGGCAGGCUGAGAACCGGAUGAUGCAGUCGAUAUACAAUGACAUACGUUCAUGGGUGCGGGCACACGCCCAAGACUACAUUCUCGAGUACUUCAGGCUACUGACAGAGCGCCGGAAGACUGCUCACUCGGCACACCUAGAGCGCAUCACAGCUCACGCCUACCACUACUACCACUCACCGCCGCACCCAAACGAGAUUUCCGCUGCCCAGGCACUGCUGAAGCGCGGCAUCGACGAGGACUGGCAGGCGUCAGUACAGCGCUAUCCAGAAGUGCUUGAGUACUUCUAUAGCCUAGUUGAACUGACCCUGCCGGAUGACAACGAGCCAGCCGUCAGAGACCCACCUCUGAGUGCCCUGAACGGCUCCCGGAAAGCCGGCCGCCGGGUCGGGGGCCCUGCCACGGUGGCAAGCGGCCCCAGUAUCAUGACCCAUGACAGGGAUACUCCUUUUCCUCGCAUGAAGACGCCGCCGGUGCUCGAGCCGAUCCGCGAGAGGAGGACGCCGGGCCCGCAAGGCCGUUCGAGGCGGGGGUAUCCUCCGCCGCCUCCAACAUCAUAUUUCCCACAAUAUUGA